GGGGGUGUGGGCUGGGCCGGGCCCGGGCCCGGGGGCGGGGCGGCGGGGUGCCGCCCGGCCCCGGAGCCUCCAUUUUGCGGUGCAGCUGCGGGAGAGAAGCCGGAGGCUCCGCGGUUUUCCCCGCAGAAUGUCAUACCCAGGUUAUCCCCCUUCAGGCUAUCCUGCUUUCCCUGGUUAUCCUCCAACAGGUCAGGAGUCUGUUUAUCCGCCAGCCGGUCAGUACUCCUAUCCCGCCGGUCCUGGAGGAUACCCUCCAGCAGGAGGUGGGGCCUAUCCUGCAGCACCGCCGAGUGCUGGGUAUCCAGGGGCAGCAGGAUACCCUGCCCCUGGGGGCUACCCUGCCCCUGGGGGCUACCCUGGAGCGCCCCAGGCUGGAGGAAUGCCACCUUAUCCUGGAGCUCCUACCGGCCCUGGGUUUGGUGCGCCUCCCGCUGGCCCUGGCUUUGGUGGCUAUCCUCAGCCUCCUGCCCAAAGCUAUGGUGGAGGUGGACCAGCGCAAAUUCCAGGGUAUCCUGGUGGACAAGCACCAUCACCAAUGCCUGGCCCGCCUGCAGCAAUGGUUCAGCAUACCCAGGGCACAAUUCAAGCUGCCCCAAACUUUGAUGCUGGAAGGGAUGCAGAAAUUCUGCGUAAAGCUAUGAAGGGGUUUGGAACUGAUGAGCAGGCUAUCAUUGAUGUUGUAGCUAACCGCUCCAAUGAUCAGAGGCAAAAAAUCAAGGCAUCUUUCAAGACUAUGUAUGGCAAGGAUUUAAUUAAAGAUCUGAAGUCUGAGUUAAGUGGAAAUGUGGAAGAACUGAUUCUAGCACUCUUCAUGCCUACCACCUAUUAUGAUGCCUGGUCUUUACGUCAUGCAAUGAAGGGAGCAGGCACUCAGGAGAGAGUGCUGAUUGAGAUCCUUUGCACAAGGACAAACCAAGAAAUCCGAGACAUAGUGAACUGCUAUAAAUCAGAAUUUGGAAGGGACCUCGAACAUGACAUCAGAGCAGACACCUCAGGACACUUUGAACGAUUAUUGAUAUCCAUGUGCCAAGGUAAUAGGGAUGAGAAUCAAACUGUAGAUUAUCAAAAAGCUCAGGAAGAUGCUCAGCGUCUGUACCAAGCAGGUGAAGGAAAACUUGGGACUGAUGAGUCUUGCUUUAAUAUGGUUCUGGCAAGCAGAAGUUUUCCUCAAUUGAAAGCAACAGUUGAAGCAUACUCCAAGAUUGCUAAUCGGGAUUUAUUAAGCAGCAUUGACCGAGAAUUUUCUGGAAAUGUGGAACGUGGUUUGAAGGCUAUUUUGCAAUGUGCUUUAAAUCGCCCAGCCUUUUUUGCGGAAAGACUUUAUCACUCUAUGAAAGGAGCUGGCACAGAUGAUUCUACACUUAUCAGAAUUGUAGUCACUCGCAGUGAGAUUGACCUUGUGCAAAUUAAGCAGAUGUUCACACAAAUGUAUCAGAAGACUUUGGCUGCAAUGAUAGCAAGUGAUACAAGUGGUGAUUACCGGCGUUUGCUGCUGGCAAUUGUUGGUCAAUAGAAGAUGAUUUUCUGUUUUUUUUGUUUUCUUUUUUAAAACAAACUGAAGGACAUGUAACAUGCUUUAUGCAGACACUGACUAUCCAUAUGUGUAAAAGAAUAAUUUUAAACUUUGCAUAAUCAAAUAUGCCUUCUUGAUGAUUCAGAAAAGCUUUUUGCACUUACAUUUGCCUUAAUUUACAGCACAUAAUAUUCCUCAUUGUAUAAUAAAAGAUGUAUCUUGUCUGUUAGCCCUACGCCUUAGUCCUUCUGACCCAGGCAAAAGGACCUCCCCUCUGCCAAACUCCUGCACGAUUAAACUGAUUGUCUCAGAAGAAUCUCUCGUACUCAACAGAUUUCCUGAAAUAGCUAAACUUUCCUGCUGAGCUGACAGAGAAGGCUGAGGCUAUGAUGUGAAUUAUUUUACAAAAACCCAGCCAGGUUCUCUAACAAAAACCCUCUUUAAUACCUUUCUAUCGUAAUGUUGAGAAAUGUGGAAGUGCCCAGUUUAAGUCACAUUACAGAGACAGGUUGUCAGAACCUGACUGCAUCUCCCUUACCUACUUUCUCCUAGCCCUUCUUCACAAUCAAAUACGCAGGCUAGAGCAAUUUGUCCAUUUCACAAUUUGGCAUUUCAUAAGCUUGCAAAGAAAGCUGUUGCUUACCACUAAAUUGUUUUGGGUCGUGAGGUGGUGUGUUUAUGUGUAGGCUGAAUGAGCUAGGCUGGUUUUGCCUGUUUGGCUCACCAGGUGGCAGCAAGUUGCUCACCAGCACAAAGCCCUGCUUUAAAAGUAGAGGGAAACCCCAGCUUGCGCCUGGAGCACAUUCUGUAUGUUUGGGCCAGCUCCUCAGUUUCACUAACGUGCGUUUACACUUCUCUGAACGGAUAGGAGAGCCCCCCUCAGAUACUGCCAGUGCAGUACAGAUAAAUGCCCUGCACAUAAUGUUUUAACCUAGGAGUUCAGGGAAGGAAGUGGCAUAUUCCCUGGGACCCACACAGGUCCACUGAGCCCAGUGCAACGCAGAAAAGCCUUCGCUGCUACAACUCAUACCAGGAACCAACCGUGUCUCACAUGGCCAAAGGCUGCAAAAGCUGACAGAGCUUUUUCCAAGCUCUCUCUCCCCUCCCUAACUGAGAACAGAGUAAUGGCACACAGAGCUUUUUUUCUUUCCCUAAAACACAGAAAGCAUAAAGCAAAUAAUGCAAAACUACUUACCGUUUUCUGGGAGGGAGGAUAUAAUCUUUUCUCUUCAGCCAUGCAAGAAUUAGAGACAGCUCCAGACUCCACCUUUCAGAAACACAGUAGCAAAAAAUGAAUACCAGAGAAACCCCAUAGACCUAAUCCUGUUAUCUAACUGACCACUUGCUGAAGAGUAACAGGAUUGAUGCAGCAGGUGAAGACUAAACAGGUUGACAACUGCCCAAGAAAUUUUCCUUUACUACACAUCUCCCUUCACACCUGGCAGAAACUACAACAGACAACAGAUACUGCAAGAGGAUCCUAAAGGAAGCCAGCACCGUUGCAGCGGAGUGCUUACAGACCAACACGUAUCUGAACCUGUUCUCUCCACGUACGAUGAGGUCUUUCUAGACAAAGAUUGUAUCUAUAUUUUCUCCACAUACACAAUUCCAGCUACUCACAAUACUAAUCAAAACUAAGAGUAUCAAAUCAUGAAAAAUUCUGUCUUGAGAGGGUUGGGAAGUUUUCCAUUAGCACUGCCAAGGAGAAAGGUACCAUCAUAAACUUCAUCAUGUAAAUCUUUAGUUGUGCUUAGGUAACAGGUGUUGAACUCUGCUCUAACACAUCACACAAAGACUGUAUGGCUUACUAGUAUGACGGUGCUUCAUAAAAAAGGAAAGGAAAAACACGUACCAUUGUAUAAGUUGGUCUUCUGCACUCAGACUUUAAGAAUAUUGUUUCCAAUUAGAAUGCGUCUACAAUAAAGUAAAAUCAAUUAUUAAAACUCA